UUACUUUCAGUAAACCCUGCAAAGUACACACACUCGCCUGUCGCUCGUGGACUGGCACAGUUCAUUAUAGGAUCGUGAUUAAUGAACUUAGUGCUCUGUUUGGCUCUAUCUAAUUGGAAUUUCAUAACUCCUGAACGGGAUUACCUGAUUUAAUAUUGAAACAACAGCUUCAUAUCGAGAGACAUAGAGGUAGAGGGGAAAAAAUCCGAAAUUACGAAGUCGUGCCUUCAGGCUAAAAUACAUAUUCGUGGCCCAAAUAACUACAAAAAGUAAGGAUGUGUAAAUGGUUAUUGUUUUUGUUCGGAGUCAUUGUUUUUCUAGGAUUGGUUUCGAGAAUGACUACUGCAUUACCACCAGGUAAUGGUGUGGCAACUGGAAAUUUGGAAGAAAAUAGCACGGUGACAUUUACUUCGAACAGCUCUUUGCCCCAUGGAUGGGAUGGAUUUUGUUUGGAGAAUAACAGGAGUUCUCCGGGAAAAUUCUAUUUUACCUGUACCAUUGACAAGUACUAUUCCGGAAUGUGGAACUACAGUCAGAUUGCAAGUUACAUUUCAUCAGGAAAUGUAAAAUAUGGAUUUGACAUUGAAUGUUUAGAAGGGGGUAACAUUUCACUUCGAUGGCCAGGAAAGGCCAAAAAUCUCAUAGAACUGAAAGUGAGAAAUUGCUUACUAACAGAGUUCUACGGUGAUUAUGAAAGUAAAACUCUUGCGACAUUCCCUGAUCAAUUGGAAUACCUCGUUUUGAUAAAUAAUGUGGUUCUCGUGGACAUAUUUGAUUUGGUGUAUUUCGCGGGGUCAAUCGUGAACAUUACACAAGACGCAUUGUGUGGCAAUGACGAAAGUCUCGUUGAAAUGAAAAUAAGUAAUAUGACUUACAACUUUGGGGCAUCAACUGAAAUCUUCUUUGAGAAACUGUUAAAUAAAACGACAGGAGUUCAUGACAUAGAGAACGACCCAGUGGUAAACGAUGCCCAAAACCUGUACAAGGACAUUUUUGAAGUUAGCCAUAUUUGUAACUACAAACAUUUGAGAACGUACGACAACAGUGUUAAUUCACACCCUAGUACUUUCUACGUUGACGUCAAGACUGAGAGGUCCCUUUACCCGGUUCUGGAAACCCUGAAUCUUUCCUACACGUCGUUUGGAAAACAGUACUCCGUGGACGAUUUACUGAACGACUGGGCCGUGUUUUACCCAACUCUAAAAUUAAUGGACAUUUCCCACUGUAACGUGCAGGUACUGGAUGUCAGCAACAAAAUAAACGACGCGGAUAGCAGUGUCAAGCACGUACUGCAUGUCAAUCUGACAGGGAACAAUAUCACCGAGAUACAGGUGCCAGUGCUAGAAAGCCUGGUUAAUAUCCAACGAAUAUUCCUAAACUUCUCCGACAAUCCUCUGAACUGUUCUUGUACGGAAGACAUGAAAGAGCUCAUCCGAUUUGUUCUUGGUGAAUCGAAAUGGAGCGAGGAAAAGUACGCAAGAUAUGAUUUCAUUCGAGAAAUGCAAUGUUAUCACCCUGUACAACUGAGGGGAACUAUGCUCAAGGACCUCAGAGAGUCUCAAUUGUUGUGUACAAAUGACGUCACAUUGACAGAGACAAUUGUAGUAGAAGCCGUAGUGGUCUUAAGUAUAUUAUCUGUCUUCCUUUUAGUUACAAUCAUAAUACUGGUGAAGUUCCGGAGAGAAAUCCGAAUUUUGACGUACACUAGGUUCCAUAUCUUAUUGCCUUUUCAGCCAGAGGAGGCGUUUGAAGAGAAAACUUACGAUGCAUUUGUCUCUUACAGCAAUGAAGACCAAGAAUGGGUCACUAGUAUAUUUGAAAAUAAUGAAAUUGAAGCACUGAGAAAUUUUAAAUUCUGCCUACAUCAGAGGGAUUUCAUGCCUGGGAAAACGAUUACAGAGAACAUUGUGGACUGCAUUGAAGGUAGCAGACACACCAUUGUAAUCGUGUCCAAACACUUUCUUGACAGUAGUUAUUGUUUGUAUGAAUUUGAAGAAGCCCUGCGACAGAGUAUAAGCGAAAGAAAGCGCCAUCUGCUGGUGAUUAUUUUAGAGGAAAUCUCUAAAGAAGAAAUGCCUAAAGUUUUACAAACAAGCUUAAAGACAUUCACGUACAUCAAAAAAGACGAUAGCAUUUUCCUUGACAGAUUAAUUUUUUCGCUUUCCUUUAAAGGAAGCGAUGGGAAAAAGAAAAAAGCUGCCAAAAUCUCUGGACAUGAAAACAACGCAUUUGAAGGACGGAUGGCGGAACAGGAUGGCACGAACAAUUACAAUAAAAAUGUCUACCAGCCUGAUGUUCUUUCGGGAAAUUUAGACAACGAGAAAACGAAACAUUACAACAUAUUCCCGUAAAACCUUGGCCGCUGUAUUACGUAAUAAACAAGAGUUGUAACUAUGAGGCGACAACCUGCAUUUACAAAUAACUUUCUUGUUUUUACAUAAUUACAAAACAUGUAGAAUCUCUUGGCAUGUUCUGUGAUCUUUAUGUUUUAUAUUUCAGUUGUUGAAUACAGUAUGUACCUCUUUU